CCGACUUGCUUUUUCGUAUACCACGUCCCUGGGCUGUCCCUUCGGUACAACAACCCAACUACUACUCUCAAUCAACUUCAAGUUCUUCACUAUGCCACUUAGAUUCAUUCGUAUGAAAAAGCCAGGGAUUGAUAUUGACCCUUUGCAAGCAGCAAUCACUACUACGACUUUCGCCAGGGAUCUCAUGGCAACCAUGCAGUUUCCUCCAGCCAGUGCCGCUGUCGCAGUCUUGCUACUCAUCUUGCAAACUAUCCAGAACAUUCAAGUUAACAAGUCCGCUUGUGAUCGCUUGGCGCGUCGUGCUGCACAAAUACUAAUUGACAUCGACGAACAAAUGCGUGGACGAUACCAUGAAGCUCCGGAGGCACUUCUUAGGAAUUUGGAAAGGUUUGAAAGCACCCUGAUUUCUAUCCAUCAGUUCAUGAGAAAGUUGGCCGAUUCAAAGUGGAGUGAUAGGUUCCUCCGUAAGUCGUCGAUUGACGACGCUCUGGUCGAGUACAUGCGCAUGCUUGAUGAGGCAGCGCAGGCUUUUCAGCUCGCUACUCUUAUCAAUAUACACCUCGCCGUGAGCUCACUGAGAGGAAAUACUGCUUCGAACGCAACAGCUGAAAGAGUCAUCGAUGCUCCACCUCCGCCUGCCUAUCAUGAGGUUUUGAAUAAACCAGACUCGGUCAUAGAGAUACGAAGCCCAGGGAUCGGCGAUGCAGCUGAGUGUAUAGUUGCUGAAUCCGAUCUUCCGGUGACGGCAGGAGGGGAACCCUUAUCACCACCCGAAAAAAGAUUUACAGACCAUUAUCUCCCUGCGGAACUGUUAUCAUUGACCCUAGAAGAUGACCAUGGGUUUCGACGAUAUCACCAGUCAGAGGUUAUCUUGCGCGGCCGGUCUCGGUUGCAGGACGGAUGGUGGGCUGGUGCAACGGAAGUCCAGGUACAAGGGCAACGAGCCUUGGUCAAGAAAUAUGAUGAUGACAAGGACAAUGCAUAUUCUGUAACGUGGUCAUGUUCGCAUCUACGGAGUAUUGCUCAAAUUGGGUUUUCAGAAAUGGCUGCGAGACGUCAAGAUGCUGCAGAAUCUUUAAUGCUUGGGUUUUCGGAUGAACGAGCCCCGACUCCUUUUAUCUUGCUAGCGAAUGUUCAGACGCAGAGCCCUCAAGCUCUGGUUCGCAAAAUGCUAUGCUCAUCAAGUCUAGGGACCUCGAUAGAGCUCAUGUUGCGUUUUUAUCGCGACCUUGCUGACACAGCAAUGUACGUUCAGAGACAACUCAGCCUGGAUGAGAAUAAGGUUCAGGAUUUUAUCGAGGCUUCCUCAUUGCGAGUCGAUUCUCUCAAAACUCUUGUGGUUGGUUUGCCGCCUCCUCAGGACGGCGAGUGGUAUACUGCACGAAACUACAGGUUAGCGCAUACACUGCUAGAUGCGUGUUUGCGAAUGUUGCCAAACAACGGGCGCGUCACGUACUCAUAUGACAGAGGGGAGGAAUUUGUGACGGAAGAGAUGCAAAAGAAAAUCAACCACCUCAUCACUUUGGCACGAGCCCUGCUUCCCAGCGGAAGGCAGUCUCCCGUACUCCCAACACAGUUAAAAGCAUUGAUCGAAGAAACAGAGUCUAAGACUCCUUCACUGACUCUGCGACAAAUACGGGACCUCACUUGGAAUGCUGAAGGCGCUCAUGGUCAUACAUGGUACGAGAGGAACGUGCCGGCUGAUAAGUUUUCUGUCGGUGACAUCGGCUACAUUCCGGUUGGGGGAGACUUUGGAUCCUUCGUUCUUCUCAGCAACGUCAUCAAAGACGGAAAGGCUGCGCUCAGCCUAUCUCAGCGGUCGCACGGCGAGCACUGGUGCUGGGAGCAUAUCCCGAUACAUAGACAACCUCUCCAAGCCUACGAGUUACCUGAAGCUGUCGCAGGGUGGCCCGUCGCAGUGCCUCCGUACAGUCAGAUUGAUGUCGUGGUGGUGCAUGAAGCCUAUCUUUCUUGUGUCAAGGAUGCAUGGCAAUAUCUAUUGAGGAACGGCAAGGGCCACGCGGCCGAUGGUGGCAUUAGGCCGGAGGAUUUGAUCCUUGUGACCCAUGUUGGAACCCAUCAAGAUUUUUAUGUCAGGGAUUUUCGAUCAAAACCUUGUAUGCUGCAAACACAUGUAGCAAAUCGCCAGUUUGCUGCGAAUCAGUUCCGUCACCAAGAUAGGCAUGGCUUUCACCAGCCACCAGGCUUCGGGUUCCAGAACCAUGGCGUUCCGUUCGACCAACCCGCCCUUCCUGCGAUAGUUUAUCUAUUAACCUCGUUGGAUGCUAAUCACGAACCGCAUUGGUCGCCUUCCCCAGUGUGUCUGCCAAAAGUGUCACGUCAACCUCUGGCGCGACAUUUCACGACGAAGAUUGGGAGGAAAACUGGGUUUUUGAACUAUGUUCAACUUCACGCUGAGGACUUCGAUAGCACCUGAUGCUCGGAAUUUGAGGUCCUCUAGACAGAAGAACUUCUUCUGUUCCUGGUGCUUUCGCACAUGCGCCAUCGUUCAGUAUUUAUAUGUAUGCAUGUGUUAUGAUUCUUAUAAGUGGCAUUCAUUCCUCAAAGGCUCGAAGAGCUUGAGUCAACCGUUUAACCAUGAUGGUUCUACUUUGACUGUGGACACUAUUUUACAGUCAAUCUGCUUUACGACAUUUACUCUUUGUGGGCUCUCGUUCUUGUACUUCUCUCGUUCUGCGCGCAGUGUGCGUGCGACAAGAUCGUCCGAGUGGUUAGUAAGUGUGGUUAGUAAGUGUCAUGGUAUUGCGACGAGCACUUCAAGUGAUCAGUAUCUGGUUGAACAUUUGUUGCCCGUCACUGUUCCCACUUUACAGCAUGUGUGGCUUCCGGCUACUAUCGAAGCAGAAACUUUUCAGGUAAUCGAAUCGCACGGACUUAGAGUCUUGGACUC